GGAUUGUUGAACUGUCACUUGAUCAUAUAAAUCUGGGAAUACGAAUGCAAAAAUGCUGUUAAACUCAACACGUAUGAAUAAUGAUACAUCUAUCUGGGAUGAAUAAAAUGCUAGUAAAACUAAAUUAAGUUAUAGAGAUAUAACUAUACUAUGGUCCGAUUUAUCAAGCAUGUCAACAAGUAUCUCAAACAAAGGGGAUGCAAGCAAAAAUGAUAUUGAUAAUGUAGCAGCAGACCAAAUAGAACAAGCAGAGAUGAUUUCUAAUCCUGAGGAAUCGUUGGAUGAUAAAAAUGACUGUGUCGCGCCAUAUGUAAUUAAACAGCAAAGAGUACAAUUGUCUCUUCACGAAAAAAGAAAUUUAGGAAUGAAAGCUUGCGAAGGAAAAAGCUCGCCUUCUUCGGAUACCGCAACUUUGAGUGGAAUACAAGAUGAAAAACAAACACAUAAAGAGUCAUUUGGAAAUUCUUUGCAGGAACACAAAGUUCAGCCAGAACCACUGUCCUCAGUUGAAUUAUCAGUCAAUUCUAGAGCUGAAUGUUUGAGAAGCAGUUCAUACCGGACAUAUACGAAUACAAGCAACGGUCGUUCAUGGAAUACUCGCUGGCAGAAACUAAAGCCCUCUGAUCAACGUGAAAGGCGUGGAAACCCAAAACACAGUCUUGGUGAUAUUCAAACUGAACAUGAUUUACCACAUUUUUCAAAUAAAGACACCAUAUUAAGAACAGCUGUGUCAGACAUAGAAACUGUUCGUGUUCGUAACAGUAGCAAUUCAAGUGAAGUACAAUCUGAGACCAUUAGGCAACUUCCAAAAAUGAAAACGAAAACUAAUUUUGGAAUCCCACAGGAAAAAGAAUUAAAGAUGAAACGUGUUGCAAGGUCAAAGUUGUCGAAACCAUUAACAUUUCAAAUGUUUACAGAUAAAGAUUCGAAAUCAGUUCUUAAUGACUUAACGAAAUCAGAAAUUGCUUUGAAAGAAUUCAUUGAAAAGACAAAGGAAAAUAAUCAUUUCCUUGAACAGUUUUUAGACAUCCUUGAAAACGCCUUUACUUGUGAUACAUCCCCACAUGCAAUGAUCCUCCUUUUUGAAACUUUGAAAGAAAAUAAGUUCUUUGACACUUUAGCUUUGUUCCUCUUUGACAUGCAAGACGACAUUCAAGAUAAAGAGAACGCUGUCAAACACGAAAAAGUUUUAAAAGCUGUACUCCAAAUAAUUGUAUCACAGAUGUCAAGGAAUCCAUCGUCAGUUACUGUUUUUUCGAGAGUGUAUAAAGUUAUUGGACAAAUUAUUAACUGUUUAAAGGAUGUAGAUGAAUAUGUUCUUCAUGAAGACAUAGAUAAAAAGUUUGCUUUCAUAACAGAACGAAAAAAAGAAGUAGAACAAUCUUUAAAAUCAUCUUUGACUACAGUAAAAUUCCAACCACCAGAAAAUUUUAGGGAAAUUCAAAUAACACCAGGUUCAAACGAAAUUAAAGGAUGCGUGAAACCAUUUCUUAGGGCUAACAAAAAAGAAGGAAAAUAUGAUGACUUAGACCAUUAUUUAGAUGUCCAGUUCCGACUUUUACGGGAAGACUUUGUAGGGCCUCUCCGCGAAGGAAUAUCUGAUUACCUUAAAACAAAAGUAACAAACAAAGAUACUACUAGACCAAGAGACCAAAAAACUGGAGGUGAUUUAAAGAUUUACAAUGCUAGUGUCCACUCACCAGUUGUUACAGAACAUGGAUUUUGCAUAAAAAUGAAGCUAAAAAUGACAAAAGGCCUCCGAAAAAUAAAUUGGUCUGUCAGUAAGCGAUUAAUUUAUGGUUCCUUGGUGUGUUUAACUGAUGAUGAUUUCGAAACCUUUUCACUAGCUUCAGUUGUUGGACGAGAUGAAUCAGAUAUAAAUCAGGGACUGUUUACUAUCCACUUAGAAAGUAGCAUGAAAAACAUGGACAUGCUGCAUAAAGUAUUUAAGAUCGCAGAAACACCAGCAUAUUUUGAAUCUUAUAAACAUGUCCUGAAUGGUCUCCAGAAAAUAAGAGCAGGCGAUAUACCAUUUGAAAAAUAUAUAGUGCAUUGUGAAAGCAUUGUGGACAAACCCGCCUAUCUCACAACCGAGUCUACAUAUGAUCUUCGGCCUUUAAUGGAGCAAGGAAUCAAGAUUGUUGCGGAACGAAGAUUGCCCGAUAUUGACGUAACGAGAAAAAUGCCGCAAGACUAUGAAGAAAUUUAUGACAUGCCGGUACCUUCACCAGUUUUUAGCACAUCAUCUAAUAAUGCAAAGUGUGUGAAUAUUUUUGACAACGAUAGUUGGCCAGAUAAGGAGGCUCUUCAUUUUGACGAAUCCCAAUACGAAGCUGUAAAGAAUGCUUUGACUAAGGAGUUUUCUCUCAUUCAAGGUCCACCAGGAACAGGGAAGACUUAUAUAGGCCUUCAAAUAACUCGGGCACUAUUGCACAAUAGAAGUCAAUGGCAAAUUUCGGAAUUACCUGACGGACAAGAGAAUAUCAGUCCAAUGUUAAUCGUGUGUUACACUAAUCAUGCCCUGGAUCAGUUUCUUGAAGGUGUUCAUUCCUUCUUUAAAGGCGAUAUUUUACGAGUUGGAGGAAGGAGCAAAAGCAAUGUCCUUCAUCGAUAUAAUCUUAGAAAUUUUCGUCAUUGCUUUUCACACAGUAGUACGCCACUAGGUCAGAUCAAGAGUGAGCGCUUACAGACAAAAUCAAAUCUUGAUGAACUGUCAAAAGAUGUGUCCCGUUCUUCCAAAUCGCUUGAAUUAUAUCAAUAUGAAAUAAUUCAUGAACAUUUUCUAUUCAGAGUAAUGGCAAAACGUUUCUAUCAUAGUUUAACAUUUGACCAAUAUAGCAGAAAAGUAUAUGGACAAACUACGUCGAGGAUUGUAGAAUGGCUUAGAAUAACAUCCUUAGAAGUUGAUGUAAGAAGAAAGUUACAGAAUAAUAGACGUUCAUGGCGGUCAGAACAGGUGUUCGUUUCUGUGGAUGAUGAGCUGUCAGAAAGAAGGCAAUGCGGUAGAAUGGAAAGUUUAUAUGAAGGGAUGGGUUUUGUUAGGGAGGUCAGGGAUUUGUCGAUAGCAUACUUUGUUCAAGAUACCAUAAAUCCAAAUAUGAUGGAUAGUAAGGCAGACCGGCGAAGACUUGCUGCUGAAAAUGAUUUUAAAAUACUUUUAAAAAGUACCUUACAUGAGUUUAUAACCUCUACAGAUAUAAUGAGCUACGAUGAGUCAAACCGUAUCUCGAGUAUAUGGCGUCUUAGUCAAAAUGAUAGAUGGCGAUUGUAUCGGAUGUGGUUAAGUGACAUUUGUAGGGACAUCUACAACAACAUUGAAAGGAAAAGGCUAUUAUAUGAGUCAGUAUCUGAACAAUAUCGUGAAUGUUUACAGAAAGAAGACAUGGAAAUAAUGAGGAAUGCAACUGUUAUUGGAAUGACAACAUCUGGUGCUGCGAAAUAUCAAUCCGUUUUGAGAGAAAUAGGGCCAAAAAUAAUUAUUGUUGAGGAAGCUGCUGAAGUUCUUGAAGCACAUAUCAUAACAACAUUAAGUAAAAGCUGCCAGCAUUUAAUUUUGAUAGGAGACCAUAAACAACUUCGACCAAAUCCAACUGUUCAUAGAUUGGCCGUACAGUAUAAUUUGAAUAUAUCGUUAUUUGAAAGAAUGAUCGCAAAUGAAAUCAAAUUCAAUAGUUUAACACUACAACACAGAAUGCGACCUGAAAUUGCAGGAAUAAUGAGACACAUUUAUCCAGAGCUUGUAGACAAUGACAAUGUUAAGGACUAUCCAAACGUGAAAGGUGUCUCUUCCAAUCUCUUUUUAAUACAUCACGAUCAUCUGGAGGAUAGCAAUAACGAAAUGAAGAGUUAUUCCAAUCUACACGAAGCAUUAUUUGUCGUCGGCCUUUGUCGAUACCUCCUUUUACAAGAGUACAGAAAGGAACAAAUAACAGUUUUGACAACUUAUACAGGCCAGUUAAUGUGUAUACGUAACGUUAUGCCUUUUGAAGAGUUUGUUGGAGUUAGGGUAACAGUUGUUGACAAUUAUCAGGGAGAGGAAAAUGAUAUUGUUAUUCUUUCACUUGUGCGAAGUAAUCAAGAAAACAGGAUAGGUUUUCUGAAAACAAAUAAUCGCAUAUGUGUUGCAUUAUCAAGAGCUAAGAUUGGUAUGUAUCUCAUUGGUAAUUUUAUUCAAUUUUCCGCAAACUCAAGCCUAUGGAAAACAAUUAUCGACGACAUGAAAGUACAAAAGAAAUUUGGAGAUUCACUGAAAUUGUACUGCCAAAACCACCCAACCGGCGACGCAAUAGUUGCCAGAGAAGGAAAAGACUUUCAAAAGGCUCCUAAUGGUGGAUGUUCUAAACGAUGUGACGCAAGACUGCAAUGUGGGCACGUGUGUCAACAAUUUUGUCAUGUUUCAGAUACACAUCAUGUUUUAUAUCGGUGCAGAAAACCAUGCCAAAGAGUUAUUUGUGAUAUCCACAAGUGUCCCGACGAAUGUUUUAAAGAGUGUAGACCUUGCCAAGUCCUUGUUGCUAAGAUCAUACCAGCGUGUGGACACGAGCAGAAGGUAAAAUGCUAUUUAAAUCCAAAAGAAUUUGUUUGCCAGAUGCCAUGCACAGUCACGUUACCAUGCGGUCAUCAAUGCAAAGCAGUUUGUGGUGCGCCUCAUACAAGCACAUGUCUGGAAUCUAUACAACGCGAAUUGCUAUGUGGCCAUACAGUCUCGAUCAAGUGCUUUCAAAAAACUUUAGAAAUUGAAUGCCCUACUUCUUGUCAGGCGUUACUUAAAUGUGAACAUUUAUGCGGGGGAACAUGUGGACAGUGCUUAAGAGGACGAGUGCAUCCUGCAUGCAAAAAUAAAUGUAAACAAAUAUUAGUUUGUGGACAUGAAUGUUCCGCCUUUUGCAACAACUGUCCACCUUGUAAAGAAAAAUGUGAAAAUCGAUGUGUACAUAGUCUGUGCCAAAGCAGUUGUGGUGAGUUGUGUGUGCAAUGUAAAGAGCCAUGCGAAUGGAAUUGCAAACAUUUCCAGUGCAGCAAGCUAUGUUGCGAACCUUGUGAUAGACCAAGAUGUAAUGAACCGUGUGAUAAAUUAUUACUAUGUAAGCAUCCAUGCAUGGGACUUUGUGGUGAACCAUGUGCAGAAUACUUUUGCAGAGAAUGCAAGUUUGAAGAUGUUACAGAUAUUUUUUUUGGUGACGAAGACGAUCCAGAUGCUAGAUUUGUUUAUCUGGAGGAUUGCGGUCACAACAUUGAAUCAAAAGCUAUGGAUACAUAUAUGGAUAUGAAAGAAGAGACCGAGGCUGUUCAAAUAAAAGGGUGUCCCAGGUGUAAAACUCCAAUACGCAACUGUUUACGUUACGGGGCUGUUAUUAAAGAAAAUCUCCGGCAAAUUGAAAGAGUAAAACAGGUAGUUAAAGACAAAUCAAAUAUUGACAGUCUAGAAGCCUCUUUAUGCAAAAUGCUUAAAUCUGAUCAGGUCUACGUUGCAAUAGAACACAGCAAGUCAAUAUUUGAAUCAACAAAAAGUUAUAUGAAAUGGCAGUGUAUAAAAACAAUUCUUUCGAGAAUAGAACAGUAUAAACGAACGAUAUGCACAGAAAAUCAAACUGUUACGUUACAAAAUCAGCAUGUGUUCUUUGAAGCAUUUAUUGAUGUAGUUUGGAAGAUGAAAUAUAGAUUGAUGAAAACAGAAGGGACACUGCAAGGAAAUGACAUUUGGUCGUUUUUCUCUAAACUACCUGAGCAUGUUUUGAAAGAAAGGGAUAUACUUUCAGAGCAAGAGAUUGAUGAUUACAAGAACGAGCUCCGAAGAGGGAAUGAUUACGUCAGAUUAUUGACAAUCAAAGAUGCAAUAAAAGUGGUCGGAAAAUCUGAAGACGCAUCAGAACAGAUUUCAAGGAUAGAGAAGAUAUUGAAAGAGCCUAAAAGAUACGAAGAUGAGAACGCAUGCCAAGUUAAACAGGAAUUAGACAACUUAAAAGACUUCACUGAAUUUGCAAUAAGUGAAGAAGAACGAUUGGAAAUUGUUCGAGCAAUGGGACUAUCGAAGGGACACUGGUUUAAGUGUCAAAACAAUCAUAUUUAUGCUAUCGGUGAAUGUGGUGGGGCUAUGGAACAAGGAAAAUGUCCAGAAUGUAAUGCAAACAUUGGAGGGGAACGUCAUCGCCUGACGGAGGGGAACAAAUUGGCACCGGAGAUGGAUGGAGCGUCUUUUGCAGCAUAUUCGGAAGAAGCAAAUAACAUGGCAAACUUUGACAUGCACGAUUUACAGUGAGAAAGCAAUGAUGCU